UUCAGAAGUUAGUAGAUCCAUUUACGUCAGCUGUGCGCCGGCUUGUUUUUUUCUGAUGGCGUCAGUUUCCUCGUGAUAGUAGUAGUGGAUGUUAGAAAUUAUCUGAGUGUGUAACUAUGGCUCCGUCUCCAACAAAGCGUAAAGACCGUGCAGAAGAAAAGGCUAAAGACAAACUGAAAGACAAAACAUCUACAAAGGAUAAUGCUGAGAAGGACCGUGGCAGAGACAAAACCCGCAAAAGGCGAAGUGUAUCCACUGGAAGCAGCAGUACCAGUCGAUCUCGAUCCAGCUCCAGUUCCAGUUCAGGCUCUAGCUCUAGUUCAGGUUCCAGCAGUGGCUCCAGCUCUUCAUCUGCAUCUAGCCGUUCAGGCAGUACUAGCACCUCUCGUAGUUCAAGCUCCAGUAGUUCUUCAGUGUCUCCUAGCCCAACCAGACGCAGACAUGACAACAGGAGGGGAUCCCGCACCAAUCGGUCAAAGUCACCAAAGCGAGAUGAAAAAGAAAGGAAGAGGAGGAGUCCAAGCCCUAAACCUACAAAAGUGCAUAUUGGCAGGUUGACAAGGAAUGUAACCAAGGAACACAUUAUGGAAAUUUUUGCUGCCUAUGGGAAAAUAAAAAUGAUUGACAUGCCUGUGGACAGGCUGCAUCAGCACUUAUCCAAAGGAUAUGCAUAUGUGGAAUAUGAAACUCCUGAUGAAGCAGAAAAGGCCUGGAAACACAUGGAUGGGGGGCAGAUUGAUGGGCAGGAGAUCACAGCAUCAGCCGUGUUGACACCUUGGCCUCGACCCCAGCUCCGUCGGUACAGCCCACCUCGAAGAAUGCCACCUCCACCACCAAUGUGGCGCCGAUCUCCUCUGCGUAUAAGGAGAAGGGACAGAGUUGCACUAAGAACCAGGCCAACAUUCAUGCUUAAAGUGGAGACCGAACUGUUGCGAAAUUGGGCCAUUCACCUACCUGUCUUUCCAAAUCCACAGAAAAAGAUCAAGGUCACCACGUCGCAGAUCACCAGUACGCCGACGUUCUCGCUCUAGAUCAGCAGGUCGUAGGCGCCACCGUAGUCGCUCCAGCUCUAAUUCUUCUCGCUAAGAAAAGUAUAAUGUAGACAUUUUAAAAAUAUAUUUUUUAACUAAGGCAGAAAGAAUUUUACAAAGUGCAUCAGAAUUGUUUUCCCUAACCAGUUGCUGUUGUGCGACAUCCAUUUGUAGCUGUUGCCCAUAAAAUUUAAGUUCUUAAAUGACUGCAUAAGCAUUCUGUGAUGUAGCAUCUUCAAGAAGAAGCCUACUAAACACCAAAGUAAUAUAAAAGGUAUUCUAAUUAAAAGAACAGUAGCUGUGUGGCAUAUGGGCAAUGUUCUGAAUCAUGAAGAAUUAGUGAGAAAAAUAAAACCCAUGCAUGCUUUGCAGCUGAUUUUUACAACUUUUUUUUGAGGCUUCAGUUGAUUUGAGUGCUUGGUAUAUAGAAAUACUUUUUUCUCACUAGCAGGAAGGCCUGCGUGGUGCACUGCCUACGUAGCUGUUUAAUAGAUGGAUGUACUAUAUAAGCUUGAAAUCCACAGCAGUCUGUGAAGCCUUUUGAGACAAGUGGAAAAUUCAGCCAUGUGACACUGCUCUUUUCUCAUGGCUUGAAUCCAUUUAUGACUGUUGUGUGCUGUAUAACUGCUGCUAAGUGGAAGAUGCUAAGCAGCAGACCUUGGAAUAGAUUUCAUUAUUGUGCAGGUAUGCACCUCAUAAACUGGUUUAGGAAGAAAUAUAAAUCAAGGAGCAUAACUACAUUUAAGCUCUGCCAUUGUCGUGGCUAUCUGUCAUGCCAUUGUUCUUUUCGAAGUAAUAUUUAUAUUGGGAGAUUAUUGCUCUCCCCUGCUUUGCCCAAGGUUGUAUAUUGCAAAAAGGAUGGAUUGUGGCAGAAAUUCCGAACUAAGAAACAGGUGUUGGUUACCACAUUUUCACAGUAAAACCCUGUUAAGGUAAAUACUGUCAGCUGUAUUUAUGCUGUUUUCUGUACAGAAAUGUGAUUCUGCAGGUAUGUCCAGUGUUAAUAUAAAUGUAGAAUUGUGCAUCAUCCUCACCACCACAAUGCAUAUUGGAAAAGGAGAUGUGGAACACUUCUGAAAUCUCUAAAACAAAUACGAUCUCUUCCUGUUCCUGUAUGUUGUUUUUUUAUUGUUUAUUUAUACUUGGGGUAUGAUUUUGGGGUGGGAUAGUUAUUCAACUUUUUUUCUACUACAGAUAACUUUUUUUUACAUCUACCCCCAUGAAUUUUGUACAUAGCAGAAUUUAAGUAAUGGGGAGGCUGCUGUAGUUAUGUAGUUUUCAGUCAUGUUGUUUUGUAUUUUGUAGAAUGCUGGUUUCUCAAAUAAACCUGAAAGGUUUCUUAUCUAUUACCAAAA